AUGGAUCCCUCGGAGCGAUGGCAAAGUAUCGCACCAGCCUCAGACGAGCCUGGCCAGCGACGCCCAACAUCAGACAGGCGGAAGAAGCGACAGGCCGUUGCUGUGGCGUGCGUGCAGUGCCGAAAUGGGAAGGCCAAGUGUGACGGCACAAGACCCCAAUGCAAUCGAUGCAAGGAGAACAAGCUAUCAUGUCAAUACGACGUUGCCGAAGGCGUCUCGAGAGCUGAGCGCAUGAAGAUUAUGAAGAGAGACAGUAUGACUGGCGAGCUGGACGAUCUGAAGCGCAUAGUCACCUCACUGCGCUCGGGCACUGACGACCAAGCCGCCGCUGUUCUCGCUCGUUUGAGACUCGGUGAAGCACCCGAAGACGUUGCGAAGACCCUCCCGAUGACAGCAUCCCCAGCGACAUCCGGCCAUCCCCCCAGCUUACUGGGCCAGGAGUCUACGGACACCUCUGGAAGCGGUAUGAGUCACGAAUCGGUGUUUGAUAUGAGUAAAAGUGCCUCAAAGUUUCGACAGGGUUCUUCUAUAUCUUUGGCAUCACCUACAAGCCAGAACGCGGGCUGGUCACCUUCUGCAAGUAUUUCGUCGUCCUCGUUUGCACCAUCGGGCAAAGGGAAGCAACCAGCUACUGGAGAUGCAGCGAAGGAACAAAGCUUCCUAGUUCCAUUGUUCGAUCGCGAUGACUAUCUUCUAGCGCGGGAUGAAGCCGAAGAAGAUAGUGAAGAUGAAGAUAAUCUCCAGGAUAGUCGGAUCGACCCACGGCUUUUACAGCAUGCGUCAAGCCUCGAUACCAUGCGGAACACAGCGCCGUCAUCCACAAGACCGUCUCGAAGUCGAAGACCUUCGCCACACAGACAAAACACGAUUCGAUCGAUAUACCCUACACAUCUCGCUGGUCGCCAACCCAUGGUAAACACUAUCCGAAUACACCCAAACCUCAACCUCCGCAAUCUCUUUGGCAAUAUGCCCUUCUCCAGUAGUAUCCGAAGCAACCACUACCCAGGCGACAUCCAAGACACUCAGAUCAGUAACUUGUUUCUACCGACGUGGGCUAUGUUGCCCAUCAAUACAAUGCCGGACCCUGGGUCAUUGAAACGCGCAGUACCCAGUAUACUACAACAAGCUACAAGUUUAAUCAGCAUGGGGGUAUCGAUAGAGCAGAUUAUCGAGAUACACCCGAACAUCGCAGCCCUAUGGGACAAGGAAGUGUACACCCACUCGGGAAUACUUUCCAAAUGGGCGGUUGGUAUGACACAUGGCGUUUACAUGAAAGGUAACACCUUCUCAUGCUUCGGCUCCAUGUACCUCUUCUGGUGUCUCAUGCGCUGGAUGAUAUCACCGUCCCCCGAAACCUACAACGCCAUCCCCGAAUGGUUUCGCCCUACACCCAACCAACUUUUUAUGCCACACAUCAAUAUUGUCGACUUCAUCGUCUGGCCCGCGUUCCGGGAGCUCGUUGUUCAGAUACCUGCUAUGCAGGAGCGCAUGGAGUGGAUGAUGGACUUGAGCCUAAAUCUCCAAUGUGACUGGUCUUUUUCCGUGGGCGAAGCGCUCUGUACAAGUGAAGAGACGGGGCAAGUGGAUUUAUGCGAUGCGGCAAGGGAAGUCGCAAGGGAUUUAGUGAAUUGGAGUGUGGGUCCCAGUUUUAGGGGAUAUGUCAGUAACGCCGAUUCGUACGUUAGGAUUAGGACGGAGGAAUACUGA